CGACAGAGACGACAAGAAGAAACAAGAUUUUGUUUUGUUUUGUUUACUUCGAGGUAAAGAAAGGGGGCAUCAAUUCUUUCUUCUUCGACAGGGGGUCUAUCAACACAUCAAGUGCACAUUUUGAUUGGGGUGCGCGAGAGGACAAGUCGAAGCCAAUAGGUUUCUUUCUUGUCGGAAAACGAAAUUGAUAUUUUGAUACGGGACGAUUUGACGACGACGACGACGACGACAACUCGAAAUGAAUUAGACUUGUCUUGCAAAGAAAAAAAAGACAAAAAAAAGGAGAAGAAUCACCUCACGUUUUAUAGUGUGAAAAAGGCCAAAACCAGAAAAAAAGAGAGAAAAGACGAGGUUCAUCAGUCAUCACCCUCAAUUGAAAUCGACCACUACUCAUCACCACCAAUCCAUUGAUGCAAAAUCACACAACGACCCACGAGAACAAAAAGAAAUACCUAUUUGGAAUUAUCGAUAAUACACGGAGAACACCAAACCCUGGGCACCCCCUUCUUACUCUCAAAAAAUGGAAUCCGAAAAACAAAGCGAAAAACAAGGGAGAGUGGGAGAAUUCACACUCUUACUCUUCGCCUCGGCCUCGACCUACACCGGCGGUCUCGAGACUUUGAAGUUACCGGCCCCCACCACCAUCAGGGAACUUUUUCGGACCUUGGAAAAAUCCUACCCUGGGAUACUGAAAAAGGUCCUGUCGAGUUCGGCGGUGACGGUCAAUUUGGAUUACGUCGAUUUGGACCUGGACAACGUGGACGCGGACAUUGAUUUGGAUCAUGAUGUAUUGAAGGAGGAUCAGGACGGUACUGUUGCGGGUAACAAUAAAGGGCAAGGACAAGCGCAAGGAUUAAAUUUGGUGAUCAAUCAAGGUGACGAAGUUGGUAUAAUACCACCAGUCAGUAGUGGAUGA